UGGAGACUACCAGAGGGAAGGCGCUCAGGAGACUGAUGGGGAACUGUCUGCAGAGGACAACCAGGUGGCAGCUGGACAUGCAGGAAACACCUUGGAAUCUGAGACUGCAAAAUGCCAAGGGGAGACCUUGCAGAUAUUUCAAGGGCUGGAGUUGUUGUCACAUCGUUGAAGGAUGUUCCUGCCUCCCUUGGAAAAACAUAAGCACAUUUAAAGCCCGACAAGAGUCUCCAAAGCAAAAUGAAGGGAUGACUUCAGCUCCCAUUCAGGACAAUGCUAAUGAGACCUACACAGAAGAGUUAUGCUACAUCCUUGUCGAUCACAAAGCCCUCAGGGGAAGGCCAUCAGGCAAGCCUGCUGAGGGGUUAUAUGAGAACGUCUCUAACAAGGUGGACCAACACAGAGAGUCGUCAAGAGGAACAGAGACUGAGUACUCAGUUCUUCGUUUCUCUUCUACCUCUCAGCCCCUACCUUCCACAGAAGAUGAAUAUGAACUUCUUGUACCCAGCCGAUUCUCCUCAUAUGCCAAUCAACAGCCACAGCCUCUCACAGCCCCCUUUGAGACCCACUUUUCUCAUCUACAAUGAAGUGACUAGUUAGAGUUUCUUUAGCACUGACAGGUAAAAGUAGGAGUUCAGGACUGUAGUUGAAGCAGUCAUGGGUCAUGGAGAUCUUAGCUUAUUUCUUCUGGAGGUCUUUGGCCCAGCAGACUCUGCAAACCGCAGAGCCUCUCAGAGUCUGACAAUAGCCAGCAUUCAAAAAUUAGUCAACUGUCUUGAACAUCACAUUGAAAAAGAGAGUAACCACCUUUGUUUCUAAGUGGUGUUAAAAAUAAUCUGUGGUAGGAAGAGGUCCCAGUAUUGACAAUGAGGUGUACCACAAAAGGCUCUGUUCUUCUCACUAACUUCUCAUGAAUCAUCCCCACAACUGUACUCUACAGUCAGGGGACUCUUAGUCAUCGUGUUCCAUGACCCCAGAGAGAAUCCCUCAUCACCGUUAAGUUCCAGCUCAGCACCACUUGCUAUGGAAACCGGGAAUAUUUUCUUUAUUCCAUGAAUCUAAGACAUGUCCUUUAUCUAGUGUCCUUGGACUCACGGUCCCCAUGACUCAGAAUUUCUCGUACCAUCAUUAAUAUAAUUUUAAACAGUAUUUUUAAACUUUGACCUUCUCAUCAGACUUGUCUUUCUCCUAUGGCUCAGGUAAACAUUACCAGAACCUCCU